AUGGAGUAUAAGGAAAAGCCUGAGGGACCGUUCUUUGUUUCUUUUUACAUUACAAAUUUCACCGCAUCCGAUGAGUUAGCUUCGUACAAAAUAACUGUAACAGAUUUCUACGGCAAUUCUUACGAAUCAAAUGUUAUAAACACAAAUGGGCAUCGUCAAAUUAAUUUUCCAAACAACUACAUUGAGAUUAAUGAGGAAAGUGCCAUAAACGAUAUAGUUGAACAUUCCUUAAAAAUUGAAACCUUUGCAAAAGCAAAUAACAUUGACGAUAAUGACAACAAAGAGGAUAAUGCCACCUGUGAUGGCAAUUUUAUUUCUAUCGCAUCAGAAAACAUAAAAACUUUCCCGUUUUUACAUGAACAGUUAAUAAUUACCAAAAAUGUUAUAGUAUCUUAUAAAUACGAAGAAAAAAAGGAUGAACAGAAUAAUAAAGAAAAUACUGAAAAUGAAAAAUACAAAAAGAAAAAAAUUAAUGAAAAAGAAGAAAAAAAGAAAAAUAAAAAAAAAGACAAGGGCAAAAAUAAUUCAAAAGGGGAAUCGGACAAGUUGAAGAAUUGUAUAAAGACGGAUAUCAAUAUAAGCUUUUAUAUCACGUUCAACAUAAAUUCCUUGGUCGGACACUACUGCGGAAGAUCGAACUACAAUAUAAUGAACAUAAGGGUUGACGGGGUGUAUAACAUACCCGCGUCUGUCGGCGAGAAGAUACCAAAAAAAGCUGCUCUCUCUUUUCAAUUAAAGUUUCUCGACUUCUGUUUCACGGAUGGUACCCUUGAAGAAGAGACAGAACGUGAUAAGUAUAGCAUUAAGUGGGGUAAAAAUAAUAUAUACAAAUACCGAAAUAUAAAGGAAACUGAGUAUAUUUACAAUUUUUUGUUCUAUGAAUCAUUCGAUGUUAAUGCUUAUUUGCUAUGCUUUAAUGAAAAUAAAAAGCAAAAAGACGGAGCAUCCACCAAAAUGGUGGAAUGCUUAUGUGGAAUGUUCGAAGUUAACAUAUCAGACGUCAUAUCUAAUAGAGUCAUUAACUCAAAGUACAAACUGAAAAAUAUGAAUGCACCAAAAAAGGAAACCCAAACCAUACAAGACAGUAAAACUAGUGAAGACUUAUUCAUUUACAAUAAUGCCUAUGUUGUAUUAACCAUCGAAUUUUAUAAACCAAUAUGUUUAACAGGUAAGGACUCACUUUUCCUGCAUAAAAAUGGCAUAAUAGUGAAUAUCGUAGUGAAUAUCGUAGUGAAUAUCAUAGUGAAUAUCGUAGUGAAUAUCGUAGUGAAUAUCGUAGUGAAUAUCGUAGUGAAUAUCGUAGUGAAUAUCGUAGUGAAUAUCGUAUUAAUUCUUGAAGGCAUUUAUUUUGUCAAUAGUGAAAUUAAUAAACUGAAAAAGGAAGAUCAAAUAAAAAUUUACCAAAAAUCGAAAGAAUAUUUUUCCUUCUUAAAUAACUUGAAGGAAAAUGCUGCUUACAUUAGUUUGUACAACAGUGUGAAAAAUGUCAUGAUAAAAAUAAUGUACGAAAUUAUAAACAAAAAAAUUUAUAAAAAUUUUAAUCUACACGAGGAUAUUGCAUUUACGGACGAGGAAGAAGAGGAAGAACAACAGAAAGAACAGAAAGAACAACAGAAAGAACAGAAAGAACAGAAAGAACAGAAAGAACAACAGGAACAACAAAAGAGUGAUGCAGAACAAGAGGGACAGGUAAAAGAAGGAAAUCCAAGGAAUGGAAAAGGAAGCCCACAGGAAGAGCGGCAAAAACAGGAACACGAAAAACAGCCUCAACUGAUAAAGCAGCAACAUGUUCAGCAAAUACCGCAAGUGCCUGAACUAUGCGAGUGGAGCGAAAAGGAAAAUACCAUGUGUGAGGAAAACUUGAACUGCAUUUUUGCGCAUUUAUUUAAUCUUGUUCAGGAGUCGUCGAACAUAAUAAUAAACAGCUAUUUUGAAAAGCAAGAAAAUUUUAACAAUAAUGCUAUAGAUGAAAUAAAAAAAAAAAACAAUAUCAACGACUUGGAAAAGUACUUAUAUAAUAUUAUCAUGGAAAAUGAAUUUUUGUUGAAAGAGAAAAAGAAUGAACAUUUUUCCGAAGCAGUAUUAGUUCUACUUUUUAAAAAGCUGAUAAAUACACAUUAUGAAAACAACAAUAAAAAAAAAAUUAGCAAUAUGAACACAUUUGUGGAAAGUCAAAAUGAUAAUCAUCUUGUUAAUAUUAUAGAAAAUUAUACCGAAUAUGAAGAUAACUGCAAUGGGGAAAAUACUGUUCAUGAGAAUAAUUAUUUGUAUAAAAGGAAUGAAAAAAGAAAAAGCAAAAUACAAAGCCAGAACAAUAGCUUAACUGGGUUAAUAAAUACCAUUUGCGCAAAAAAUAAAAAUAAUUCUCCUAGCUUUUAUUUAUUUGAAUAUAUUGAACAUUUUGAGCAUAUAAUUUUAAAUAAGAAUAUAUUAACUCAAAAAAAGGAAUACUUUAAAGAAUGCAUACAACAGGAAGAUAUUAUAUUAAUUCUGAAUUUAGAACAAAAUAAACAUGUCAAAAAAUUAUUUACCGAUAUUAUUUACAAAUACGCUAAAAUUCUGCUAAUAACAAAUAACAUGGACAAUUUAAAUUGUAAAAAGGAAAGACAGCAAAUAUGCUAUAAACAGUAUCGUGCCUCCAAACAAAACAAUCCAAAUAACACAAACCCGGACUUUGCAAAUUAUUCGGAGUCUCACCAUGAUUAUGGUUUUCAUCAAAAUUAUGACUCUUAUGAAAAAUAUAUUAACAUCAAUAAAAUCGAGACCUGUGUGGGUUGUCUGUCAGCCUAUAUACAGCUAGCCAAUUUUGAAGACGUUGAAAGCAUUUUCAUUUUAAGUCUACUGUACUUAAAUAUUCAUAAAUAUAAAGAGGCGCUAAAUCUGGUUGGUUACCUAUUGGAAAUUAUAAAAAGGAGGAGAGCAGAAAAUAAAAAAAAAACUAACAAGAACACAAUUGAUAGAAAAAAAGCUGAUCACAUAACAGAUGACUGCAAAAAUGAGGACUACAAAAAUGAGGACUACAAAAACGAGGACUACAAAAAUGAGGACUGCAAAAACGAGGACUACAAAAAUGAGGACUACAAAAAUGAGGACUGCAAAAACGAGGACUGCAAAAACGAGAACUACAAAAAUGAGAACUACAAAAAUGAGAACUACAAAAAUGAGGACUGCAUAACAGAAAAACAAAUGGACUUGAAGAAUCUACAUUUAUACAGCACAUUCAACUACAACAAUUUAAAUAUAACUAAAGAAAUUUGUAUAUAUAUAAAAGCGCUGUGCUACUUUUUCCAACGCAAUUAUAUAUACUAUUAUAUUAACAUGUGCAUUCUUUUAAAUACGAAUGAAAAUGUUCUCAAAAGGGAAAUUGAAAAAAAUGUCAACUUGUUUCAAGAAGAUAAAGAAAAAAAUGUAAAUACGCAGUUCGACGGUAAAGAGAGUAUAAAGAAGGAAGAAGACUCGCCCAGGGAUGAGAAGAAAAAUAAGGGUUCCAAGAAGAGCAUCAGGAAAAAGGAACAGAUAGUAGCUGGAAGAGCGGGAGAAGUGAACAAAGAUGUUAACAAAGUAGACGAUGCUAACAAAGUAGACGAUGCUAACAAAGUAGACGAUGCUGACAAAGUAGACGAUGCUAACAAAGUAGACGAUGCUAACAAAGUAGACGAUGCUAACAAAGUAGACGAUGCUAACAAAGUAGACGAUGCUAACAAAGUAGACGAUGCUAACAAAGUAGACGAUGCUAACAAAGUAGACGAUGCUAACAAAGUAGACGAUGCUAACAAAGUAGACGAUGCUAACAAAGUAGACGAUGCUAACAAAGUAGACGAUGUUAACAAAGUAGAUGAUGUUAACAAAGUAGAUGAUGUGAACGAUGAGGAGGAGGCGAACAAGGAGAACACUUUAGAAGAAGCAAAAACAAAAACAAAAGGCAAAGCAAAAAAAAGGGGGCAGCAAACACCUACCAAUAACGGAAGCACAGCGGUUUUCCCUGAAAUUCGUGUAGACAACAUACCAUUGAAGGAUAAAUAUAUGAUUUUGUUUCUUAUAUAUUGCAUAAAAUUUAAUAUGUUAAAUAUUGUCAUGUACAUUUGUGAAAAUAAAAAUAAGUUUUUAACGGAAGUGUCCAUAAAUACUAAUUUGUACAAGCAAUUAACUAUUAGGGCAUUUUUUGCUAUUAAAGAUUAUGUAAAGUGUGUUGAGCUCAUUGAAGAAAGGAAAGAACACCUUAACAACUUAGACAUUCUUUAUAUUUAUGGUCAAAGUUUGUACAAGUUAAGGGAUUACGAAAAAUGUAUUGAGCCUUUAAAAAAUUAUUUAAAAUUAUGUACAAGCAAUAAUAUUUGCGCAAAAAUUUAUGUACAGUUAAGCAAAAUAUAUAUUUGUUUAAAUCUAUUUGAAGAGUGCAAAAUUAUGAUUAAGAAUUCAUUGCAAAUAUGUUCAACAAGUUAUGCUUAUAUAUACUUUGCUUAUUAUUAUUUAAGAAGAAAAAAAUAUUUGUUUGCAUAUAAACUGUUAUAUAAGUCGAAUGAAAUCAACAUUUUUAAUUACAAACUCUGGGCAUACCUAUCGAUAGUGUUCCUACACUUGAAUAUGAAGAGAGAAUCCGAUAGAAGUUUAAGUAAUUUCAUUAAAAUGAAAAAGUACAAUAAGGAUGUUAUUUCUGAUAUCAUCGCAGCAUACAAAAAACUUGGUUACGAGAAAGAAGAAAAACAAUUAUUAACAUUAUGUAAACAAAUGGAUUAA